GCGCUCUGGGACUGCCUUCACUGAACAGAAACAUUUGGGGUCCUUUUUCUUUCACGUGUGCGCCUGCUGUGGGUAACCAUGCCGAAGUCAAAGAGAGACAAGAAAAUUUCCUUAACUAAAACCACCAAGAAGGGCUUAGAAUCAAAGCAGAAGUUAAUCGAGGAGCUACGGAAAUGUGUGGACACCUACAGAUACUUGUUUAUAUUUUCAGUUGAAAAUAUGAGGAAUAACAAGCUUAAAGACAUCAGGACAGCAUGGAAACACAGCAGGUUCUUCUUCGGCAAAAACAAAGUCAUGAUUGUCGCUUUGGGAAAAGGACAAACCGAUGAAUACAAAGAUAAUUUGCAUAAGGUCAGCAAGUAUCUGUGUGGAGAGGUCGGCGUGCUUUUCACAAACAAAACAAAAGACGAAGUACAAGAGUACUUCGAUCAUUUCAAAGAGAUGGACUAUGCUCGUGCAGGCAACCAGGCUAAGAUGGACAUAACACUGGAAGAGGGUCCUCUUGAUCAGUUUCCUCACUCAAUGGAGCCUCAGCUCAGACAGCUGGGGCUUCCCACGGCUCUAAAGAAAGGAGUGGUCACGCUGCUGAAAGACCAUGAUGUCUGCAAAGAAGGAGACAUUCUAACUCCUGAACAGGCUCGUGUUCUGAAACUCUUUGCCAUGGAGAUGGCAGAGUUCAAAGUGCAGAUCAAGUGUGUGUGGAACUCGGAGACGAGUGAGUUUGAAAACUUGGCCGGGGAGGAAAAGCCUGCACAGGAGGAAGAUGAGGAUGAGGAGGAUGAUGAUGUGUAAAACGUCUGAAGAGGACGUCACUUCUGCAGCAAAUGGACUUUUAGUUUAGCUCCUGUCACAAUGUUCUAAUUUGUUUUAUAAGAUUAUUUGAAGCCCACACAUCUGACCUUCAUCCUGACCUCAGUGACCCUCUUGUCCAGGUCCAGUGUUGGUUCUGGUUACUGUCUGAGACUUUCUUUUAAAUCCAAGUUUAAACCACA